AUGACGGGCCAACAACUGCCGCGGCCCAACAUGCGAGUGCUCGACCCGCUGGGGCAGAUCCACAUCGGCGCGGCCGACUUUGAGCAGCUGCAUGAGCUCAUGCAGCCCGACUCACCCUGCGACGACGCCCCCAGGACACCGCCCUCCUCUGGCGCUGCCACCCGCGACCCCGCGUCAUCCCCACAGAAGCAAAAGUUCUCGCUGCUGGGGAUGGGCGAAGGCCAGGGAACGAGCGCGCGCAAGGCGGAGUGGCGCUCCGAAGAGGACGUCAUUAUCCUCGCCACCUUCCGCUGCGUUGGAACGCAGUGGGGCAGGAUUGCCCUCCAGUUGCCGGGCCGCACAGCCGACGGAGUGCGCAACCGAUGGCACCGGCUUCAGCGCAGACACAGCCUCGGCGAUUCGAUUGAGGGGCGGCGGAAUUUGGACGAGCUUCUCGCAGCAUGCGGCAUCGACAAGAAUUGGGCGCCCCCUCCGGAUCCCCUCGAUCCCACUGCCGAUGGCCGGCGCUCCGACCACACACGCACAAUGUGGACCAGCAGCGAGGACGCAAUCAUCUGCGAGGGGGUCGCCGCCCUCCUCUCGUGCCUCUUCCCAACGGUGCGCAAUCGCCGGCGAGAGGAUUCCACACCAUAA